AUGGGUUACAGGGUGCAUGUAGAGUUGAAGAAAGAGAACAGAGAAUUCAGGAUGUAUCCUUUGUGCAUAACAACUAUUGAAAAAGAACUUAUAUUCGGAGGUAGUUUAAAUCAAGGCGACAUUGUGCAAAUAGACGAAUCAGUUCAAAGGUAUGAUUCCGAUACAGAUGAUACACUUGCUCUAGAAUUUGUCAGUUCAGGACAAGCAAUUGGGGUGUUCGAACUGGACAAGAAUUUGAUAAUUUCAAUAACUAAUCAAAGGGAGGUUAUGGUUGGACAAGUAUAUAAGGAUAAGGCUACAUUGAAAGAGGUGAUGGAGAAUUAUGCUAUAUGUCAAAGGUUUCAAUUCCGGGUUGAUAGGUCUAAUGCUGCCAGUUAUGCAUUAUUAUGUAUGUUAGAAGAUUGUGAAUGGAGGUUUAAGGCUUCGAGCAUUAACAAAUCAGAACUAUUCAAAGUGAGAGAGUUCAUUGAUAACCAUACAUGUCUGCUUAAGGACAAGGUGUAUGAGCAGCGACAGGAAAGUAGCAGCCUUAUAGGUGGUAUGAUUAGGCCUAAGCUUACUAAUCAUAAGAGGAAAUACAACCCAAAGGAUAUUAUUAAUGAUGUGAAAUUAGAUUUAGGUGUAGAUGUUAGCUACAUGUUGGCGUGGCGGGCUAAAAAAAGACCCAUUGUGGUUGUGGAUGAGAGUCACCUAAAAUCUUACUACAUUGGGACAUUUUUCUCGGCAAGCUCGUUGGAUGGUGCAGGUCAUAUAUUGCCACUAGUAUAUGGUGUUAUUGAUUCAGAGAACGAUGCUGCUUGGAUAUGGUUCUUUGAGCAAUUCAAGAUAGCAUACGGUGGCAGAGAAAACAUGUGUAUCGUUUCAGAUAGAAAUGAGAGUAUAAUUAAAUCUAUAUCGAGAGUGUAUCCAGAUGUACCGCAUUUUGCCUGUAUAUGGGAUUUAUGGAACAACGUAUAUAACAAAUUCAAAAAGAGCCAUGCAAAGUUGAGCGAGAUAUACUUCUCGAUGGCGAAAGCAUACACACAAGCUGAAUUUGACAGUCUAAUGGAGAAGAUGGAGAAGGUGGUACCAUCGAUUGAAUACUUACAUACGGUUAACGAUGGAGGGAGGCAUUACACUGUCUGCAUGUUAGAGAGAAAAUGCGUUUGUGGGAGGUUCCAAGUUGAUGAAUUACCAUGCCCACAUGCUUGGGCUGUAUUGAAGAGCAAGUUUCUAAUGCCAGAAGAUUAUUUCUCUAACUAUUACAAACCAAAUUCUGUUGUAAUGACAUAUGAUGUGUCUGUGAUCCCGCUACCGGAUAGAAAUGACUGGAAUAUACCAGCGCAUGUUGCAGAGGAAGUUGUAUUACCACCCAAAUGGAAAAGACCUCCUGGAAUGCCAAAUAAGAAGCACGAUAAACCUUUCAGUGAAUUGCUACAACCGAAAAAUCAACAUCCAUGUAGCGUAUGUGGUCACGGAGGACAUAAUAAGCGAACGUGUAGAAAUGCACCACGUCAGAUUUAG